CCCGAUGCUAGAGCCAUGUGGUACAAAAGUCCCGGCAGGUCAAACCUGCCUCUUUGUUACGUUCGGCUACUACAUUUCCCACAGUGCUUUGCGAGUGGCCGUGGCUGUGGCUGGAUGACAGCUAUCCGGCGCCGAAACACCGAUAGACACUCAGACGAAAGAGCCAUGGCGGCCACGGGUGGAGGGAAAAUUAGAAGCAGGAGAUAUCAUAUCGCCUCUAAACCUUACGCCAAGAAUAAACAGCAACAGUCAGGCCUCAUCAGUCGAGUGACAGACACAGUAAAGAGCAUCGUUCCUUCCUGGCUGCAGAAAUACUUCAGGAGUGAAGAUGCUCCUGAAGGAGGAGAGGAUGUGCUGGAGACAGACCAGAACUGCCAGCCACCACCUCCUCCUAAUGGCAGCGAAGAGGGGCCUCCUACCCUCGAUGGAUGCGACUCCCCAGAGCCAAGCACCAGUAACACAGAACCCCCAACCAACCGGGCGUCCCUAAACUUUCAGGACUAUGUGCUUUCUCGACCUCCGCUGAGUCGUUCGCACCUCCACUUUCCACCGCUGGACGCCUCCUCCCCGACCCUGGGGGCCUCCAGCAGCCUUUUCUCCCAACCCUCCACCUCCUCCGCCCCUGGACCCUUUUCCACAGGCUUCUCCUUGGUCAAAGAAAUCAAGGACAACCUCUCGCAGCACGAAGAUGAUAACAUCUCCACCACUAGCGGCUUCUCCUCCCGCGCCUCAGACAAAGAUGUCCCUACUUCCAAAACGGCAUCACUUCCCCAACUUUGGUCCCCAGAGAUGGACAGAACUCACUCUGGGCCUCAACCUGCCCAGUCCAGUCUGAGAAAGCCUUCUUUCAAUCUGUCUGUAUUUGGAACUUCCUCCAAUUCGUCAUUAAACAGCACAGUACUAAACUCCAGCCAGCUCGGAGAUUCACCCUUCUACCCCGGGAAGACAAUGUAUGGUGGGGCAGCUGCAGUCAGGGGCUCUCGCGCUCGUCCUGGAACACCGUACCAGGCCCCAGUGAGGAGACAGAUCAAGGCCAAGCCUGCUGGUGCUCAGCCCUGUGGGGUGACCAGCGCGACAGCCAGACGCAUCCUUCAGUCCUUGGAGCGAAUGUCGAGCCCCCUGGCUGAUGCCAGGAGAAUCCCAGCAGCAGCCUCAUCCCCCCUCUCAGCAUCAAUGGAUGGAACAAAUCUAGAUGUUUCACAUUUCCAGUCAAAAAGGAAACGUAUGGAGCCCACCCUCCCACCGGUGCAGAAGCUGGUGGUUCCCGUUGCAGCGUCGGUGUCAGGAAACCGCUCCGUGUCCUUCAGGCCGACUUUAACUCCCGGAGGAGUGAGCCGAACUCUUGACAGGACCCCAAGAGAGACGCCGACAAGACAAUCACCGCAACUACCUGAAGCAACCCCAGGACCAUCUCGAAGCACAAUGAUUUCCAGUGGCCCAGCCUAUCCUCUGUCCAGCACGCCUGCAGCCAGCAGCGUGAGCUCUGGAGGAGGCAAGAUGAAGAGAGAGAGGACCAGUACACGGCCUACCUCCAAACGCCCCGAAGAGGACGAGGUGGCUGAGGUACCGGACCUCCCGAGCAUUUCACUUCCCAUCAGCGCCUCUGCCUUGCCGACCUUCAGCUUCUCCUCCCCUCCUCCCCCUCUCACCACCUCCAACAGCACGGCUCCCAACCUCACGCACGUGACUCCCACUAAGGACACGCUCACAAACGAGGAGCCCCCAACAGCCUCGACGCCUCCCUGUGUACCUUUUACAUUUUCCUCCCCUAUUGUCAAAGCAACUGCUGCUAGUCCUCCCUCCUUUUCCCCCUCAGCUGGAUUCACUUUUAGUGCACCUGUAGCCAAGUUAGGACCCUCCAUGUCAAAUGGGAAGCUGGCCUCUCCCAUCGUUGCAGCAGUGAAGUCAGCCACAAGCAAAAGCACAGAAGAUUUUGAUGGGCCGUUUAAGCCAGCCAAGGCCCUGAAGCAGGGCAGUGUGUUGGAUCUCCUUAAGGCACCUGGCUUCGCUUCUCCUGUUGCCCAGACUUCCCCAGGCCCGGACGGCGCUCGGCUGCAGACCUCCACGCAAUCCACAUCCCCCUCUUCCUCCUCCUCCACCACCACCACCUUCUCCCUCUCUUCAACAGGGUUUAGCAAUGUGUUCAAAGCCCCACCAGGCUGGAGCUGUGAUGGCUGCAUGGUGCAGAACAAACCAUCGGACACCAAAUGUGUUUGCUGCAUGGCCCCGCAGCCCUCCUCAUCCAAAUCUACGGACGGCAAACCUUCAACGGCCACCUCGGUCGGGCUCGAGAGCAGCAGCAGCACGAGCACCACCUCCUCCACCACUACAACUACUGCAGGUUUUGGCACAAUGUUCUCCAAACCUGCAGGAACUUGGGACUGUGAUACAUGCCUGGUUCUAAACAAACCCGAUGCCGUGAAGUGUGUGGCCUGUGAAACGGCCAAACCCGGGACAGGGCUUAAACCCUCACUGACUCUUCCUUCUGCCUUCUCAGCCAUUAAGACUGUAUCCACACCCACAGGCCCUGUUUCUACAGGGUUCAUCGGAUUUGGAGAAAAGUUCAAAAAACCCGCGGGUGCAUGGGAAUGUGAUACGUGUUUGGUAGAAAACAAGGCGGAGGACACAAAGUGUGUGGCCUGCAUGAGUGCUAAACCAGGAGCUUCAGCAGGAGCCUCUUCUUCAGCCAGCAGUGCUCCCGUGUUUGGGUUGGGAGAUGUGUUCAAGAAGCCACAGGGUGCCUGGGAUUGUGAUGUCUGUCUAGUACAGAAUAAGGCUGCUGAUGUCCAGUGUGUUGCCUGUCAGACAGUCAAACCUGGAGCUAAAGUGGAGCCCAAAGCUUUUGGUUCAUCCGCUGGCGGGACUUCAGGCUCUAAUUCUGGAGGUUUUAAGUUUGGUGCAUCGGACAGCACCUCGGGAUCGGGAUCUGUAGGUUUCAAGUUUGGAGAGUCUUCAUCUUCAUCAUCGGAUGGAUUCAAAUUUGGAGGCUCAUUUGGAAGCUCCUCAUCAGAAACCACUUCUAAAGACAAUGCCGCCUCAUUGGGGUUCAAAUUCGGCAGCUCAUCUGAGGGCUUUAAAUUUGGGACCGCCUCUAGUGAUGACAAAAAGUCGUCAGACAAAUCUGCUGCAGGUUCUGGGUUUAAGUUCGGAGCAGGCGGUGGGAUUGCGUUUGGAACUGGAUCCUCUAGCACAGAAAGUAACUCCUCUAAGGGCGGCUUCUCCUUUGGACUCUCAAAACCCGAGGAGAAAACCCCGGACACCACCACCAACCCCUCCUCUCGUAGUUUCACUCCUCCGGCCUCCUCUCAGGAGAAAAGUGAGGCUGCUGCAUCAUUAAAUGACGCUACAACCACCACCACCACCACUGGUUUGGUAUUUGGGAGUUUGGCGACCCCCGCACCACAAGGGGGCUCUACUUUUGGAUCCUUACAAACAGACAAAGAGCUAGCUGCUCCCACGUUUACCUUCGGGAAGCCAGAGGAAAAGAAUGAAGCCGCCGCCGCCUCCUCAGCUCCGUCUUCCUUCCUCUUCGGUGCCGCUGGUAAAGAUGCAGAUGUUGCAGCAGCAGCAGCCGCCUCCGGAGGCUUUUCCUUUAGCAAGCCCAGUGCUCCAACAGAACAACCUCCACCCGUCUAUAGUUUUGGCAAGCCAGGAGACAAGAGUGAAACGUCUGCAGCAGAGGCCCCGAAGCCGUCUUUCUUUGGACAAAGUGCUGCAGAUUCUUCUGCUGCUCCAAAACCAGCGUUUUCCUUUAUGGUUGCUAAUCCCACCAACACCGUCAACUCCACCACUUCAUCAUCCACCACCCCGACGCCCAGUCUGUUCGGCACCACCACCAGCAGCAGCAGCAACAACAGCGGCUCCACACAAGCCCCUGCUCCUUCUGAGGUUUCCAGCACUUUCAUGUUCGGUCAAACUGCUGCAGCAUCCAGUGACGCUCCACCAGCUAAAGCCUUUGUCUUCGGCCAGAGUCCGGACGGCCAGCCGCCUGCCCCGUCAGCUGCUCCUCUGAACUCUGCACCCGCUCCAGCCUCAGCUCAGCCCUUUAUCUUCGGUGCUCCUGCCAGUGCUGCUGCUGCUCCGGCUGCUGCUGCUGCUGCUCCUCCAUCCUUCGGCUUUGGAUCAGCAGCACCCACUGCUGCCUCAACGUCAGCUCCGUCUGCAGCUCCCUCACCAUUUGCAUUCAGCUCGGCCCCCUCUGGUGGAUUCGGGGCCAAUCAGACUUCUUCAUUUGGCUCCUCCUUUGGAUCCCCCUUCACAGCCGCACCUUCCCAGCCCCCAGCCUUCGGGGCCAAACCCAACUCCACACCUGUCUUCGGACAGCAGACCAACUCCACACCUGUGUUUGGGGCGGCUGUUAAUUCUGCACAAGGUGGAGGCUUUCAGUUUGGAGGAGCUAGUGCAUUUGGAGCCACAAACAACACCUCAGGAGGAGUGUUUACUUUUGGAGCUGGAGCAGCACCUUCUCCCGGCCCCCCUGCAAACCCCUCCAUCGCACCCCAGUCAGGACCACCUGGGGGUGGAUUUAACUUUUCACAACCCCCAGCAUUCAAUAUUGGGUCAGCGAAAACCUUCACCGCCUCUCCUGCUGGACAGCCAGCGAUUGCUGGGCGCAAGAUCAAGACAGCGGUGCGGCGCAGGAAGUAGAGCCACGUGGACUCGACUGUAACGAAGACUUGACUUUGACUUGACUGUAUCCCCCCCCACUGAAUAAAGUCCCGGAAGGUCUCAGCUACACCAACACUGAAGUUAUUGGGCAUGUGAGGAAGGGGCCGAGGCUCGGGGCCGCUUUGUGCUCGGGCUGGACGGCUGCGCCCCGUGUUUCAGCUGUAGAGCUCAUCACUCGGAGGUUUUCACCGGAGCCGUUAACAUGCGAGACUAAUCCCGCAGGACUUCACAUGAAGAAACUGUUGACUGAACAAUGACGCUGACUUAGAAACGAACAAUCGAGCAAAGGACCCCCGCUCAACACGAUGAAACAAGACCGUCAUAUCUAUAUU